AAAAUCAGUUCAAGGGCAAUCUGACAAAAUACAAAAGGGGCGUAACAAGAUGUGCAUUCUUACAGCGCGUAGCAGUUUCAGCCAAGUCAUUUUACCAUGGCUGGCAGAGAAAGACCACAGAGGCCACAGAGUCCUGACUCAAAACCUAAAGAACUCAAACUAGCACCUUCAGGGAGAUGUACAACCUUUAAAAAUGAGAAGCAGAAUGAAACUGCAAAGACAUCAAAAAGACUGGAUCAGCAAAAGAAAAACCACACUGAAGAUAAGCCAUCGGUGCCAAUGGCUGGGAAAACAAAAAACAAAGAGGAGAUUCACAACCAGCUAGUGAUGCCUGAAGAAAAUAUAAAAGCAAAAACCUGCUCUACUAGGAGAAAAUUACAGGACAACCCUCCAGGGGAUAUGCAGAACACUCAACAAGACACGCCACCAGAGAUACAAAAGAGUUUGAAAAAGACAUCUCCCAAAGCCAAUGGUAAAGCUAAAUUACAAGGUCAGAACAAGGACCCAACCGAACUAGAACAACUUCCAGAGAAGACUGCAACACAAACUAAAACACCUGCUGCUAUGAAAGCCAAGAAAUGUAACGACAAAGUCCUGCAGAAGAGAACAGAGGCACUAUUAGUUAAGACUUACAAUUCCUCAAAAGACAGGACAGAUGACGACGUGGAUUGUACUCUUAAGAAGAUUCUAGAAAACUUGAAGAUUAGGAGUAAGGAACGAUCAGAUUCAUCGCAAGUCAUCAAUUAUUUUAUGAAGCAUCUGAUCGAGUAUUUAAAAGACCAUUCUAUACGUUUUAAAAAUGUUAAGGAACCCCUUCGCACUGGAAGUUAUUAUGAAAAUCUGAAGAUUUCUAAUCCUGAUGAGUUUGAUGUCAUGCUGCCCAUACCGGUUGAGCGAGUUAAUAUCGAGCCUUUCGACGACAAUGGAGCCUUCUACAGUGUGGUAUUGAAACGUGAUCCAACUGGUGAUGAGAACCCUUUGAAGAAAUUCCAGCAAGACAACAUUUUGUCUAGUUAUGAAAUGCUUAAAGAGUUCCGGAAGGAAGUGAAAAAAUUUGCAAAAGUCUUUCCAGAAUGGGAGAUGACGGCAAAGAAACCACGCUGCCCUGCAGUGACUCUGACAAGAAAAGUAGAGUCAGUCAUCAUUUCUCUAGAUGUUGUGCUCUGUCUUGAAGUUAAAUCAACCUGGCCAACUUUCACCAAAGAUGGUUUUAAAAUUGAGGGGUGGCUUGGAACUAAAGCAAAACGGAACUACAAAUGGAAGCCAUAUUACCUUGUCCCAAAAUAUGAAGGAAGGGGGGAUGCAGAAAAAGGUGGAGUCCUUGCAAAAAAUGUUUGGCGGGUUUCCUUUUCUCACAUUGAAAAGGACAUUAUGAAGAAUCAUGGAUCAGAGAGAACGUGCUGUGAAAAGGCUGGAGAGAGCUGCUGCAGGAAAAACUGCUUAAAGCUCCUCAAGCAUCUUCUGCAUCUACUGAAAGAACAAGACUCUUCCUUUGUCAAGUUCUGCUCCUACCACGUCAAGACUAUGCUCUUACAUGCCUGCUGCUCCAGAACCAAAGAUGGUGAAUGGAGGGCUUCAGAUCUGAGUCACUGCUUCGAGGUCCUUCUGAAGGACUUUGAAAGCCACCUGAGAACUGGUGAACUCUGCAACUUUUUCAUUCCCAAACAGAAUCUGCUCUCUGGGGUUGGAAAGAACCAAUGUAUUAAACUUGCUGACUCUAUCAAGGAGCAAUGUGAUAAGGGUUUUCCUGUGUUUAGGAAAGAUCUUUGCAACACAUAAGUGAAUUUAAUCUCUUCUGCCAAAACUAGGUUUGAAUUGAAUCCCAGGUAGAAACUGGGGAUCUAAAACAAGUGUUAACUCAUGAAAAAGCUUAAUCAUAUUUGCCAAAUUCAGUACCCACAAAGGCUUAGUUUUUCAAUCAACGUAUAUAUUACAAAAAUUGGCUUUUUAUUACUGACACUUUUAUACUUACAAUUAUCAGUUGAUAUUAUGCAGUAAAUACAGUUGUAGCGACAUGAAUGGCCUCAUUUGUGACCCAAAGGUCACACUUCCUCAGCUAGGUCGAGCUGUCCUGGCUGUACUUUUAUUCACAGAUUAUCCAUCACAGGAGACACAAAGUCUGCUGUAAACCAUCUUUAAUCUGACUGCCUUUUAUCUGAUUCUGUUCCAUCCGCAAGAUGAAGGACACGUCAAGAUAAAAAAAAAAUCAUUUUAAAUAAAAUCUUUUCACUGUCUAUUACAAGGUUCAUAAAUAAUCAUCACGGUUCAUUAUAAAUGUAUUUAAUUACUGAAAUGAAUUCUUAUUCUUUGGUUAAUAAUAAUUAUUAUUUAUGAUAAUCAGCAAUGUUUGAUCAGUGACAAUAAGGUCAUGUGCACUUAUACACAUCAUGCAGGACACAUACAUCAGGGUUAAAGGUAACUGCUCUCACAUGUCUUUGCUCCAUAACAAAGCAUUCUAUCUCUGAGAGGGCGUGUCCUGAGGUUUGCUAAAACCUAAACUCCUCAGUUCAAGUUCAGUUCUUGAGCUCACCAAAAUCUCUCCGUGGCACGAGAGUCCCAGAGGAUCGGGUCAGCCAUUCGACCUCUACUAAGCUGUUCUGUCGCGCUGAUUGAAUUGCUCCGACAAAACGCCAUCUGCAACCAGCUGACGCAAAACUCCUUCAGAGUUAUUGAUUUUUGAGACGCAACCAGUUUCAUCAGUCAUUGUGACCCAGAGACAUCUCAGGACCGAUUUGGUCGCACUAAGGUUCUUCUACCCACCUCGUGAUUGGGGGUUCAUCAUCCCACCUGACAUCUCGGAUCCAAAAGGGGGUCUCCUAACUGGGUGAGGUAGACACUUCCGACAGAUUGUGUCCAUAUGCCUGUUUCUUUAAGAAAUAACUUAGCUCAGCUGCAAAACAAACUCUUUCACCCAGAAUGCGUUUUCUCUCUGAUAGAAACCUUCUGAGAUCCCAUUCACACAUCCUAACACACACAUUUCAUUUUAGUUUUCAUCCAGACACAGGUUGCUUCAAUACCAAGUUUAAUAUCAAAGCUUUUAAACUGUCUUUUAAAUUGUCAUCUUUAGAUUGUCAGGUUUAAAAAGUUAAGAAUUUAUUACUGACUCUUCUUUGAAAUGAAACACAGCGUGGUGAAUAUUUGGUCAUUGAACGAGCAAAGAUUUGUUUAAAUCUUCUGAAUUAAAAAUAAACUUUUGCUAUUAAUUAAAUCUCUUAAAUUAAAUAUUAAUCUCUGGAUUAAAUAUAGACCAAGCCAAUUGGUGUAUGAACUUCUAUCGAUUUUAUAAAUAUGUAAAUAUAAGUUCAUAGGCCAAAUUAUUAGAUCUUUCUCAGGAUUUAGCAAAGCUGCAUAGCAAACAGCGAUAAAUUCUAGUUAUGUAGAUUUACUUCGCUACACAGUAAAUAUUUUUUAGAUUUAUAUUUUUUUGUGUGACUUCAUUUAAAUAUUUGAAGUAUGUUCAGAGCUUUAACUUGUGCUCAGGCCUUUUAUAUUUUUAAUACUCGAUAAUAAAAAUGUGACUGGGCUUUAAUCAGUGUUGGGCAGAAUAAUUUGUAAACAUAUUUAGUUACAGAAUACUGAAUACCUGCUUUAAAUGUAUUUUGUAAUGUAUUCCAUUACUUUGCUUAAUCCUGGAACUGUAUUCUAAAUACUUGGAAUACUUCUCCUUAAAAAAAUCUGCAUUUAAGUCUACUAAAUAUCACAAUGUGUGUUGGUAGCUACUCCCGCAGGAAAACAGAAGGCAUGUUUAUGCUAAACAAUAUGAACUGACUGGGAAAAUAAAACAAUUUAAUUAUUUUUGUUACUUCAUUUAUCAAAGUGUCAACCGAUUCAGUAUCUGUAAUGAAGUGACAAAGUGGUUGAACAUAGCACAGCAUUACUGUCUAACACCAUACAGGCACUGGUAAAUAAAGCACUAAGAAAGCAAAUUAGAUAACAUCCCUUUCCUAACAUCCGGAAGGAGCGCAGGUUUUGCUAUCCUGCAGAAAAUGUUGACAACAGUUAUUUAGAAAGCACAUAAGGGUCACCAAAAAUGUUUCUAGGUUGUUCGUUAGGUACUUUUAGGAUUUUAAAAGUCAAGGAGGAGGUCUGAAAAGCUAUUCGAAAAAGUGACAAAGUUGCAAUGUUGGCAACACUGUGGGAGGAAUGCUUGAUUUGCAGCUGGGAGCAGCACAAGAGGAAGGAGCAAAGAAUAAUCCACUUGCUUUGUUUAUAUAAUCAUUCGAAACUCAAAUUGUAAUUGUGAUUAAAAUUCAAUUAAUUGAGCAACCCCAAGUCUGAGUAUGAAGUGAAAUGUAUCGCUGCUGCAUUUGGAUGCACUGAGGAGCAUUUGCUCACAGCCAGAGGUCACAAGAUCCAUUUUUCUUGUCACUUUGGUAAAAAAAUUUUUUACUGAAAAGCACACAGUAAAAAUUCAAAGUGCAUUUAGUGCCAAUCACAGCCUUAGGUCAUCUGUUAAAAAUGCCCAAGUCUAUACUUGUGAGAGCACCAUGUAAGUACCUGUGUGUGUACAUGCACCUGACAGAUACAGUCACACACUCCCUCCCUCCCUCAUGCUCUCACAUAAACACAUACAACCUAAAGACACAGAAAAAUGUACAUCAUACACCCCCUACUGACUCUGGUCCCGAUACUGCUGCAACGAGGGCACAACUGUUCCGCGACCCCAAAGCUAACCCCGUUCUACUGGUUAUGAUGGGCAGGCAUCCCGGCCCAACGCAGAGCAAAGCAACCCACCACCCCAGACGCCAACCAGAUGGCCAGCUCCCACUUCUAGCCUCUAGCCCUGAGCAGCCAAACAGGAACAGAGGUGUGAUGAGCCCACUAGUCUCCCUUCACCUGCUCCAAUGUGGUGUUGAUGCAUGUUGUUACACUGCAGGCAUCGUCUGGCUUACACCAG